UCUUGCAUAGGGCCGACGUAUUUCGACGGUUGCAUGUUGGUCUGAGUCGAGCCGACGUCACGUUCUCGUGUCGUUCAACCGAGAUCAGAAACGUGCUGAAGCACGUGCAGUAAUAACGGAACGAGCGAUUCAGGCUCGAGUGUGCGAGACCUCUUAAAUACUGCUGGGGUGGAUGAGCAUUCAGAGGGAGUGUGGAUAAUCGCCGGCGUGCCGCUGCUCACACGAGACCGCGUUUCGGCGCGUGACGAAGGAGAUAAAUAGACGAGACGCGUAACAACAUCUUGACGGGGGUUGCAGGGACGGGCGGGACUCGAGGUGCAGUGAGAACAAAUUAUUUCGGCAGGGGAUUGUUUUCUUGGGAGAAGUUAUCUCUUUGGGAGUGUAUCUGAAAAUCCGUCUUAAAAUAUUACAAUUGUUGUGAAUUGUGGGAGGAUUAUGCUAGGUAUGACACUGAGUGAGAUUCAUUGACAGUUAUUAACGUUUAGAGUUAUUCGGCAUUAUUUUGCGUGAGAAAGUGGAAGUGUUUCCGUGAUAGUAUAUGUAAUAGUAUUUAGCGCGUCCAACUGCUGGUGAGGAAAUUACGGAUUCAUCCAAGGAUCUACAGGCAAAUCAAAAUAUUUCAAAUCAAACUGGAAUACAAUAUGAGGGCUAUAGUCUGACGAACCAAUUCUCAAGUUUUUGGAACUGGAGACGCCGGUACAGUGGCGUUAUUGUGAAAGUGGUCGUGGUGAUCGUAUUUGUAACCAGUUGUGCGAGAAAUAGUGGGGGACAAGAUCGAGCAGGUGCGGUUGAAGCGAUUGCCGGAUAAAUCCACUUGUGAAUGGUUAUUGUGAUAUCACAGUAGUAAAGAAUACCGAAUAAAACGUGUGAAUUUUGUAGAGCAUUUUGCCGGUAGCGUUCUGAGAUUUUUCGUGAUGUGCAGUGUCGAGAAAUGUGUUAAUGCUCGAGGUUAAAUGCGAGAAGGGAUUAAGGUUGACCCUGGGAAAUUGACGGCUUCACGGAGUUAUCUCAACGGAGGCCAGAGUGUGCGGACGGCGUGGUUUCGGCAUACUGCACGUGACACCCACCGUGAGAGAGCCUACUAUCCAUUACACAACCCAAGCCCACCAAUGUGGACUCCAUCUCCCUGUAUGCUGAAGGCACUGUUCACCCAUUCUCGAGAGGAUCAAUAGAGCCAAACCCCCAAAACGAUCGGAUGUGACGAGACAACGAUGUGGUACUCAACCGGGAGUAAAGAAUCCCGAAAAAGCGGUAGAAUCUCAUCAAAUGUAAACAAAAUAAACCUGACGGUACUCUUCUUGGCACUGAAAGUAUGGACAACCACUGGACAGAGUUCAGAAUGUCCCCCGAGCGAAGCUAUCCCCGGCUGUCCCUGCUACAACUUCGAGGACGGCCUCUUCCUCGAGUGCGCCGGAGCGACUGAAGAGACGCUGAAGAAGACAAUGAUGGGUGUACUCAACGAGGGAGGAGCCUCAACAAUGGUGCAGUCGUUGAGUGUUUACGAGUUAGAUAAGAGCAUUGAAAAGCUGAAGGAUGAUGUAUUCCCAGCGGGAUCACAAAUAAGGCAUCUCCAGAUAUCUCACUCUUAUCUAAAAGACAUUAGUGACAAUACAUUUGUCAUCCUCAAAGACAGUCUAGAAUCAUUGGCACUUGUGUCUAGCAGACUGAACCAGGUGCCACAGAAGUCUCUAGCUGAAUUGCAUAAAUUGGCGGCAUUAGAUCUCGAGGCUAAUCUCAUUCAGGAUCUACCGUCUUAUUGCUUUUGGGGAUUGAAACUAAUGAAGUUAGUUCUCAAAGGUAAUCAAAUAUCCAAGAUAACGGAGCACACCUUUGCUGGAUUAGAGAGUAGUCUGAGUGAUCUCGAUCUUGCUGAGAAUAAAAUUAAAACAUUUCCGAUGGCUGCAUUGAGAAGACUAGACAACUUGGCAUCAUUGAGGCUCGCUUGGAAUGAGAUAUCUGAGCUGACUAAUGAUGGUUACUCAGUGUUGCGUGGUCUUCUCAUCCUCGAUCUAAGCAGCAACAAUUUCGAUAAGCUAACUGAGGAUUGCUUCAAGCCAUGUCCCAUUCUGCAUACCCUGUCUCUCUAUUAUAAUUCCAUUGAAACAGUACACAAGGAUGCUUUCAUAUCGCUGAAGGAUCUCGAGUCCAUUGAUCUGAGUCACAAUAAAAUCGUCUUCCUCGAUGUUGCAACAUUCAAAGCCAACGAACGACUACGAACAAUUGAACUCAGUCACAAUCAUAUUCAUUAUAUCGGCGGUGUAUUUGCCCGACUUUCUGAAUUGCGUGAGCUCUACUUGGCUGAGAACAAUAUACUGGAGAUACCGGGGGAAUCAUUCGCCGGCAGUAUAAACCUAGCUGUUGUUUAUCUCCAGCAGAAUGCGAUAAGAAGAAUCGAUGGCAAAGCAUUGUCAAGUCUGAAUCAAUUGACACAACUUCAUCUCAGUAACAAUUACAUAGAGAAUCUUCCCAUCGAGUUUCUGGAAUAUUGCGUUAAUUUAUCGUCAUUAUCGAUGGACGGUAAUAAAAUAAAAGAACUCAAACCAGGUACAUUUGCCAAAGUGAAUCAACUCCGUGAAUUGAGACUGCAGGAUAAUCGGAUAACCGAAGUGAAGAGAGGUGUUUUUUCACAAUUACCUGAGUUGCUUGAAUUACAUCUACAGAAUAAUGCAAUUACGAGUAUGGAUACAGGUGCACUCAGGACCCUAAAUUCACUUCAGCACGUUAAUCUUCAAGGCAACCAACUCACUGUCCUCGGUGAUGUAUUUCAACUGUCCUCUUCUGAAUCAACAAAUGCCGGUAGUUCACUCGUAUCCAUUCAACUUGACAGCAAUGGUUUGGCAGUACUUCACAACGACUCAUUGCGCGGUCAGGCAUCUGUCAGAAUAAUGUGGCUUGGUCAUAACAAGUUGACACACCUCCAGGCACCCCUAUUCCGUGAUCUGUUACUCGUUGAGCGUUUAUAUCUAACAAACAAUUCUAUAUCUUACAUUGAAGACGCGGCAUUUCAACCUAUGCAAGCACUCAAGUUUCUAGAACUCAGUAUGAACAGACUCAGUCACGUCAGUACGAAAACUUUUGCCGAGUUACACGAACUGGAGGAGCUUUAUCUACAAGACAAUGGACUGAGGAAUCUCGAGCCUUAUGCCUUAACAGCACUCAAGAAACUCCGGGUGUUGGACCUGUCCAACAACAAUCUCACAGUACUAGAGGAGAGUAUGUUCCAAGACAAUUUACCGAUUAAGAUCUUGAAUCUUAAGAAUUGCUCCAUCACCAGCAUUCAAGUCAACACGUUUCGCGGUUUGUACAAUCUGCAUGAUUUGAACCUUGAGGAUAAUCGAUUAACUGCGGUUGCCCUCACAAGACUUACGGUACCAAGUCUACGUGUGCUAAUAGCAUCUGGUAACAACUUUAGCCACAUCUCAGAGCAGAGCUUCCAUGGAUUGGCGGCGUUACAAGAGCUCAUCCUGGACAAUGUCCAGUUGGCACAGUUAACAGAGAGGACAUUUUUACGUAACACAAAUUUAACGCGUUUGCACUUGAAUCGUAAUCGCCUGAGAAACUUACCACCCGGAAUAUUUGAAAAAUUGGUGAAUCUUCGUGAAUUACGGCUUGAUAAGAAUCAAUUUAUAGCUAUACCGUAUUCAGCCCUCACUCACGUGUUAAAUCUUGAGAUUCUCACACUAGCUCACAAUGCCAUUGUGACUGUAGACGUUGCGAGUCUAGCUCGUUUGAAUUAUCUACGUGAACUCGACCUCAGUCACAAUCGAAUUGAAUCCAUGUCUGGUUUUGCCAUGGCCAAUCUAUCCCGUCUACUAUCAGUUGACCUCAGCAACAAUCAUCUCAGUGGCCUACCAGCCAAUUUCUUCGACCAUUCCGGUAUGCUACGGCGUGUUGACCUGUCGGAGAAUAAAUUCAGUCAGAUACCAGCGGUCGCCCUCUCUGGUCAAAAUUUACCUGGUCUGACCUGGCUCAACUUGACCCGGAAUCCACUUCACCGUAUUCACGAACAACCAGCUGAGGUUACGUACCCACUACUUCAGGAAAUUCACAUAUCCGGAACCAAUCUCAGUAUCGUAACAUCACAAGAGUUUGAAGCGUUUCCCGCACUACUACAUCUCUAUCUCGUGCGAAAUUGUAUUGGUAGAGUUUCACCCGGUGCAUUCAGGAGUUUACCGAAUUUAUUGACACUCCAUCUUGGAAUGAACAGUUUAGAAUUACUACCCAAAGAGAGAUUGCAAGGAAUGGAACACCUCAGAAUACUCAAUCUCACGCACAAUCGAUUGAAGGAAUUGGAAGAAUUUCCCGCUGAUCUUAAAUCCUUACAAAUACUUGAUCUAUCGUACAACCAGAUAGGAAUGGUUGGCAAGGUCACCUUCAUGAAUCUCGUGAGCCUCGUUGAACUGCAUCUAUAUGGUAAUUGGAUAAAUGCCAUCUCGAACGAAGCAUUUCGUCCCCUCAAGAAACUUCGUCUUUUGGAUCUCAGCAGAAACUACUUGGAGAAUCUUCCGUUGAAUGCAUUUCGACCCCUGGAAACACAAAUUCGGAGUCUACGUGCCGAAGAAAAUCCACUGCACUGCGGGUGUGAAUCCCAGGAGCUGUGGGAGUGGCUGCGAGAUCAUCAGAAAUUAGUUGGCGGUGUAGACCGAGGACGUGGUAGGGGACCGAAUGGAGUAGGCAACGUGGAUAACGUUGAGGGUGGAUUGCUGAGAUGCGAGCAACCACCUGAACUCCGUGGCCUCGUUUUUCUCGAUCUUGAUCCACACCACUUCUGCUCAUCCCCUCUCGUACUGAAGCUCGCCAUUCAGGAUAUUCAGCCGUUCUCAGUUCUUGUCUCAUGGCAGAGUAGAAAUCACUCGGGCCUACACGGCUACCAAGUUGCAUAUCAUGCACUCGAUAACGUUAACGAGGUACGUGGCAAGUUGUUGGAUCCAAAAUCUCGUUCGGUUAGACUGUCUAAACUAGCGUCCGACACUCGAUAUCUCAUUUGCGUGCUUGGCUUAGGCAGUUGGGGCACACCAAUCCCUGAGGAUAUUAACACUUGGCAAUGGAAUGCCUCUCACGAUGAUGUGAUUGAGAGUACGGUACCACCGGUGAUGGUUAACUCACCAAUGAGCAGAUGCACCGAAGUGAGAACAUUGGAUGCACCUGAGUCAGUUAUUGGUGAUGGAGUACCACCAGACAGAGGUGGUCUAGCAAGCAUACUAACACGAAGACUGGGUCUCAUUGUUGGUAGUUGCAUGGGUUUUGUUGUUUUUAUCGUUCUAGUUUCAGUUCUCGGUUACAUGAAGAUGAAGAAGCAAAGAGCCGCGAUGAAAAGGGAACAGCCACUAGCACCAAAUCCACCCGAAUUUAUGACGUAUCGUCAUUAUUCACUGCAGAGUGGUGAUAGACUUGAAAAUUCAUGUCCAAGCUUCAUCACCAAUAUUGGCACAACCACCCUGAACUCGUAGCACAAAGCAACAGCACCAUCUGCUGUUGCAUCGGUCGAGAACAUUGACAUUGAGAUGAAGAGUGUAUCGAAUUGUUCUGGUAUAUUUGGGUAAUAUCGAGAUAUUAUUGAUCCUGUUUCUGACCUUACGUCAUCAGCAUUGAAUUGCCAACAAUAAUCCUUUCACAGACAUACGUCAAUUCCAGUAACACGUGUUAUAUCACCGUAAUACGACUCACGACAGCGUAACCCACUGUGUGUGUUUGAAUGCUACUGUGCCAAUACAAUUACUACUGUAAUCCAUUUUCGAUGUGAAUGAAUCCUACAUUUUUUUUCUAACAAUGAAUGAGCGUAUUUCGAGCAACGAUGCGACGACCUCUUAAUCCUUGUAUCUCUCGCGUUAAGACUGAUUUUUUAUCGAUACCACUGUAUGUAUCAUUUUGUCAAUUGUGUUUUUCAUUGAAUUUUUAUGGUUAAUAGAUUUUUGUAGUUUAAAACGACGUUGGUGUGUUAUGAAACAAAUAAAAGUAAUAUUUUGUAAAUAAUAAGUUUAACGAAGAAUCUAGUGAUUAAGGUAAUUUAAUGAAUCUUCGAACGUAUGGUUAAGAUGCCAACAUAGUACUAAUCAUUGGAUACGAUAUUAGGUGAUUGAUUACUUGAGAGUGAGUAAUUGAUUAGUGUCGUUUUGUAUGUCGACUUCAGAGUCAAAGUGUGAUUCCUGCCAAAUGAAAAAAAAAACGAGAUGAUUUCGAUAGUUAACGUUUUGGCAUAGUAUGCCACUGUUUUAUGUACACAAAUUCGAUGUGAUGCCAAACAAUUAUUGUAUAUAGAACCAAAAAUAAAAGUGAUAAUGGGGUGAAUGGAUGGGGAUAUUAAUAUUAUGUACACUUGCAUAGGGCAACAAUUGUAUAUUGAAGAUAAAGAAAAUCUUAGAAUUUCAUCUAAUAAAAAGUCUUCGAGGUAAUCAAAGGUUUAAA